CAAUAAGGGUUAGGUUGUCACUGUUCGGUCUGUGUUGUCAUCUCCAAACAUGAACAUCAUGUUCGAAGCAGAUUAUUUUAUGUUUUAUGGUGUUUGUUGACUCCAGUCACCAUGAGUAACUUUUGUAGGGAGGUCAUCACUCUUCAGUUGGGACAUUAUUCAAACUUUGUCGGGACUCACUGGUGGAAUUUACAGGAUGCGUCUUUGUCGUACGAUCCAGAGACGCGACCAGGUGAAAUCCAGAGCGAUGUCGUGUUUCGUGAAGGACAGACUCUGGGAGGACAUUCGACCCACACACCUCGCCUCAUCGCCAUGGAUCUCAAAGGAAGUCUUCGGACUCUACGGCAGGAGGGAAGUCUGUAUGAGACCGGCAAGGAAACCUCUGCUGUCUCAUGGAAUGGAAGCCUCAUGAUGCACAAAGAAAGUCCUCCUGAGAAGAACUCCUUUCUUGAAGAUCUGGACAGGUUGGAUAGAGGGGAGAUUCUUGGUGAAGCAGAUUUUUACUCCAAUUCCCAGCCUCAUUGUUCAGCAGGUGCAGUGAGUGUGGAUACUGUGAACAACCAGCUGGCUCGAGUCCAAGCACACUACAGGCUGGAGGGCAGCGUGAAGGUCUGGUCCGACUUCCUCAGGAUCCACCUGCACCCUCGCACCAUCUCUGUCAUCCACCAGUACAACCACGACGGGGAGGCUCAUCGUCUGGAGGCUUUUGGCCAGGGAGAAGCUCUGCUGCAGGGGUCGGUGCUGGAGCAGCUGGAGGACAAACUGCAUUUCUUUGUAGAAGAGUGUGAUUACCUUCAGGGUUUCCAGAUUUUGUGUGACCUGGCUGAUGGUUUUUCAGGCCUGGGGUCAAAGGUCACAGAGAUGCUACAGGACUCUUAUGGUGGAAGAGGCAUCCUCACCUGGGGGUUAGCUCCCGUCAGUCACCCGGAUUCAACUCCGAUGAAGGACGUUUACCACAUGUUGAACUGCAUAUUAGGGACGGUCCACAUGGCCAGUCACAGCUCCUUCUUCUGCCCACUGACUCUGAGAGGUGGAUUCGGCAGACGACCCUCUCCUGCCACAAUGUUCCCCCACCUAAACUAUGAUCCCUCACUGUGGUACCACUCCAGCUCUGUGCUGGCUCUGGCCCUCGAUGCCCUCACUCUGCCCUACAGGCUGAGGAACAACAGCGUCCCCAUGUGGCAGGUGGCGGACACACUCACAGUAUCGGGUAGAAAGGUGGUGGCUGCUUACGGUGCCGUCCCCCUCCCCAUGAUGCACGGCAGCUCCCUCCCUGAUGCCCUGAGUGCCUGCGCUGACGCUUUACCCUGGAAACCUCUAUCGGCGUGCUCCGAACCCGGUGACGGUCGAUGCUACGGCCAGUGGGCGACGCUGAAAGGCUACGAGGGCCAGAGACUAACCAGCUCUCUGGCUCCAGGGACGCAGCCACCCACUCCUCUGCACAGCCUCCACAGCGGGGAAGACGUCCUGGCCUCCUACAUCAGCUCUUUCUAUCCUACAGCUCCUCUGGCUCUUCAGUUGGUGUCGACCCCCAGUAAGCUGACGCCGCCGUUCCCUCAGAUAUUCAGCCAGUCGCUCUGUGCUCAGGGCUUCCUGCAGAGCGAGCCUCCUCCUCCUGACUCCCCGGCCCCUGUGGUCUCCUCUGUGCCCGUCAUGACGUCGCUCCAGUCGGGGCCUGCACUCGGCCCCUGGCUCUCCGAGAUGCAUCGUGGCGUCAGCACCUUAGACAUCCGCCGCGUGGCCCCCAGCUUCCUCUCCCAGGGACCCGAGAUGUCCGACUAUGAAGACGCCCUGGAGCAGCUGCGCCUACUGGCCCGGUGUUACCGUGACGACAGCGGCGGGGUGAUGUGCUCCUCUUCCUCAGAGGAUGACGAUGACUGACAGGCCGUGAUGUGGAUAGACUGCCCUCUGCUUUACCAGCCUGCAUGCGCUCAAACAGAGAGUGAUGGAGAGGAGCUGUGCUCCGAUGUGUGAAGGAACAGGACAGGAGGCAAAAAGUUUCCCACACAAUAAAAAUAGACACAAAAGAGGGAAUAUUCAGAAGUUAGACCUCUACAUGUGUAUUAUCCAGUGAGGUGAUGGAUGUAGCAUCAUGCGACUGACUGUAUGGACUGUGGUUACAAUUCCUUAAAAUGACUGUUUAUCUGUAAGUAACUUUUAUACCAAGUAUAAUCUAUAAAAUGAAGCGCUUAACACUGA